AUGUUGUCACAAGUAUUGGAAGCCGGCUCAGCCGAAUUGCACAGCGACAAAUACCACGAUCCAGAGUAUCAAAAGGUCCACAUUGAACUAUUCUCGAAGUCCAUCAUAGAACCACUCGAGCCUAUAUUGCCUCCCGGAGUGAAACAGCACACCUACGAUGCAGCCAUGUCGGAGUGGGCCGCUGUUGUAGGCGAGAAGUGUGUACACCGGCAGAAUGAUGUUGAGGAGUACAUCGAUCCCUACGAAAUGAACGAGAACCUGCCUUUACGAAAGGUGCCAAGUGGUGCAAUCUGUCCAGGAUCUGCCGAUGAAGUGCGGGAAGUCCUCCGGAUAGCGACUAAACACGGCAUACCUUUAUGGGUGUUCAGUCGCGGCAAGAAUCUGGGAUAUGGCGGACCGGCACCACGACUCAGUGGUUCGGUGGCCCUUGACUUGCAUCGCAUGAACAAAAUCAUCGAGGUCAACGAAAAGUUUUCAUACGCGGUGGUCGAGCCCGGUGUCACAUUCACGGACCUUUACGACUAUUGCAAGGCCAAUAAGCUGCGAGUGUGGCCGAGCACUCCGUCGCUUGGCUGGGGGAGUGUGAUAGGCAAUACCCUGGACAGAGGAACUGGCUUCACGCCCACCGCGACGCACCAUCAGAACAUGGCCGGCCUUGAGGUGAUACUGGCGGACGGAGAUGUGGUUCGUACCGGCCAAUUCGCCAUCUCAAAUUCGGACGCAGCACACCUAUCGAAGUUCACUUUCGGACCCUCGAUUGAAGGACUCUUCCUGCAAAGCAAUCUCGGUGUAGUGACAAAGAUGGGGAUCUGGCUCACUCCUCAGCCAGAAGCGUACGCGUCCUGCUUCUUCGAGAUGCCUGAACUUGAAGACAUUGAAGUGCUUACGGAGGCGUUUGGGUCGAUGCGGCAGAAUGGCACGAUACCCAACACAGUCUUCGUGUCGAAUAUCAUAGAAGUAUUGGCUAUGUUCAACAAACGAGCGGAUCUUUACAGCGGGCCCGGACCAAUUCCACCACAUGUGUUGAAGGCUCUCCAGAAGCAGCACAAUCUGGGGUACUGGAAUUGCAAGUGGGGCUUGUUUGGGCCUCGCAGGAUAUUGCAAGCGCAAGUCGAUGAGAUUCAGUCGGUCUUGAAUGCUCGGGCGCCGACUGGAACAUUCCGCUUCGAGAUGUUCUCUGGUGAGAAACAUGAGCUGCUGGAAGCCUCGAAUAUUCCAGAGCCUCAUGGGGGCCCUUUCGUAGGCGUGCCAACGUUGUGGAGUCUACCGAUGGUGAAGUUUCGACUGCCUGCGGGCGAGAAAGGAAUUGCAGGUCAUGGCGACUUCUCUUCCAUCAUUCCCUCGGAUGGCAAGUCGACAUUGGAGUGGAUCAAGCAGUCGCAGCGCAUUUGCGAGAAGUACGGCUUCGAUUUGUUCUGCGAUUUCUUCAUGCACGAACGUCAUCUCAUCUUUGUCAACUUCCAGCCUUUCGACAAGACGCAGGCGUGGCAACAAAAGGCGAUACAAGCAAUCUUCGCAGAAAUGUACGAAGAGGCGAAAGCGAAGGGGUUCAGCAAUUAUCGGUCGCACGUCAACCAUAUGGACGCUAUCGCAAACUUAUACGACUUCAACGAUCAUGCAUACAAGAGGUUUGUGGAGAAGCUUAAGGACACACUCGAUCCAGAUGCAAUAUUAUCGCCUGGAAAGCAGGGCAUUUGGGGACAGAAAUUUGCAGGGCAAUGGGAUCCGCAUGACCUCUUAUUGCGUCAUAAGAAGACCCUGCACUCAGAGCGAGUCGGGACUACGGAACGACGUCCAUCGGUUUCAACAAGUUCUAACGCAUCUGUCACCAAAGCCAGCAAAGAGGGUGACCUCGGUCAUGCUCAGCCAAGCGUGCUGGAGGAGCCGAGUGGCGGUCAAGGAGCGCGCAUCGAAGCCAGGGUGGGCCACGCGGCUGCGAACGAUGACGUUGUGAUGGAUGAUGUUCGUCCUACUGCCAGCAUCGACGAAGUCCACAACUUGCCGACGGAUAUUGCAGACUAUCAAAACACGCUUGGAGUACUCCCCGGAGACACAACGGAUGCAUUCGACGCGUUCACUUCGUUCGGCAUACUGAGUCCAUACUUCGAUUUUGGCUAUGAUCCUCGAUUCGUGGCUGCAAGCAUAUCCGGACACAAUCCAGUGCCCGCGGUGGCUCCCACGACUACGGAUGAGCCAGUCUUAAAUCGGCAAGGAAUUUCACCUUUCCGAACAACUGACACACGAGGAGUGCGAGCCGACCAGACAGACGUAGGAUUGUCACCACCAGAGAUCUCGUGCAUGCCGCAAGCGAAACGUGCGCCGCUCGAGUUCACUGACGCGGCUCGAGACAGACUGCUAGAGGACCUUGCGGGACGUCUUCCUGACAAUGAGGGACUUCCAAACGACGUUCCACCUGCUUCGGUCCUAUCGAAAGACAUUAACAGUUUCAUGGACUCGUUCAAUACGCAUCUCCCGAUCUUCCAUUUACCCACGAUGGAUUUUGCCGAGAUGCGGUCUCCCUUGGUACUGGCGAUCUGUGCCAUCGGCGCACUUCAUCUUCUUGAUCGCUCGAAUGCUGGGACGAUGUACACACUCUCCCGUAAAGCUCUGACGCGCCGACAUCAGCGAGCCGAACUGGAGCUCGCGAGUGUAUUCUGGGAUUGGUCAAAGCCCGUGGCUGCGAGAACGAAGACUGAGCCGCCACCACUAUGGGAUACACAGACUCAACUGCUACUGGCAUAUUUUGGGUCAUUCUGUGGCCAUCCAGACGUGGUCGUGCGAUCUAUGGAGGAGAUUGGUUCGCUAUCCUGUGUGGGUUCGCUCAGCUCGAGAAGGACUGUUGACUGA